ACCUCCUAAUAUAUACUGGCUAGGCUAGGCUGCCCGUCGCCACAACUUAAAAGUUCAGGACUCUCAUCUCUGCAAAUUCCUGAACCCAAUUCGCGGAAUUUGCAUCAGCAUUGCCUUCAUGACAUUCUUCGUCACCUCAGCCUUCUUCUUUCUGGUUCUUUUUUCCUGUGCAGCUGCAUAUGAUCCCUUGGAUCCGACUGGUAAUAUCACCAUCAGAUGGGACAUCAUGGCUUGGACUGCAGAUGGCUACACGGCUACGGUGACGCUGAACAAUUUCCAAACUUUCCGGCACAUCAUGAACCCUGGAUGGACUAUAGGCUGGGCAUGGAAGAAGAAAGAAAUCAUCUGGUCCGUGAUUGGAGCUCAAGCUACUGAACAAGGCGACUGCUCCAAGUUCAAAGGGAACAUUCCUCACUGCUGCAAGCGAAAUCCUGCAGUUGUGGACUUGAUGCCUAAUGCUCCAUAUAACCAACAAUUCGCCAAUUGCUGCAAAGGUGGAGUGCUGUCAGCAUGGGGCCAAGAUUCUGCAGCUUCUGUCUCCCAGUUCCAGAUUACUGUUGGCUUAGCGGGCACUUCAAAUAAGACCGUUAAACUUCCCAAAAAUUUCACCUUGCUCGGUCCAGGACCUGGAUACACUUGUGGCCCUGCAAAGCUUGUGCCUUCCACCAAAUUUCUCACUCCUGACGGACGUCGAAGAACUCAGGCCCUGAUGACAUGGAACGUGACCUGCACAUAUUCACAAUUCCUGGCUAGGAAAUAUCCAAGUUGUUGCGUCUCUUUCUCAUCCUUCUACAAUCAAGAAAUCACUCCCUGCCCUACCUGUGCUUGUGGUUGCCAAAAUAAUAACACUUGUGUCAAUCGUGAUUCCAACAUUCUUAAAGUGGUGGAAGCAAACAUUUCAAAAAGGGAAAACACCUCACUUCUGCAAUGCACACACCAUAUGUGCCCAAUUCGAGUUCACUGGCAUGUGAAGGUCAAUUAUAAGGAGUACUGGCGUGUGAAGCUUGCAAUAGUAAAUUUCAACUACAGGAUGAACUACUCGCUGUGGUCACUCGUGAUCCAGCAUCCGAAUCUCAACAAUGUAACCCAAGUCUUUAGCUUCAAUUACCAGCCGCUCAUUCCCUACGAGUCAAUAAAUGACACAGGGUUGUUCUACGGCACGAAAUAUUACAAUGAUGUGUUAAUGCAAGCAGGACCUUUAGGAAAUGUUCAGUCAGAAGUGCUACUGCAGAAGGAUUUGAACACCUUCACUUUCAAGCAGGGAUGGGCAUUUCCUCGGAAAGUCUACUUCAAUGGCGAUGAGUGCAUGCUGCCUCCACCUGAUACAUACCCUUUUCUGCCAAAUUCUGGCCAUGGAUUCCCGGUCUCAUUCUUUUCAUUAAUUUCUACACUGUUUUCCUUGUUUUAUGUCUUUAUUUGGUAAUUUUUGUUAGUUUGAAGGUCUAGUGCUGAAUGUUUUUUGAAGCAGGGGAAUCCGCUGAUGAAAAAACACACACAAAAAAAAAACUAUGGGAGCACAGACACUUGAACUCCAAAAUCAUCGACAGAAAUUGAACUGUUUUUGUAAUUAUUAAUAUGAAAAUGGAACUGGCAUACCAUACUAGAAAUUAUAGAAUAUU